CCAUGCGCCGGGCCGCGCCGGCAGCUCGGGGACCCGGCGCAACUUGCUGGGCAGCCUGAGGAGUUGGGGCGGCCGCGGGCUCGGCGCCGCGGCGCCCGGCCGCCUUUCUUCCCCCUUGCCAGACCCCUCCUUCCCUUUCGGCCGUGGGGGAGGGGGCUCGUGUCGACCCCCCCUCCCUUCCCCGGAGACCCAGUCCAUCCCCGUCCGCCCCCUCCCCGGCGGAGCCGCGCAACUUCCCGGGAGCCGGGGCCAAAGUGAGCGUAAAGUGCCGCCCAAGUUGCCGGGAUGGAGCUGCAAAGCCGGCCCGAGGCGCUCGCCGUGGAACUCGCGCGCCACCAGAACGGCGACCUCAAGAAACAGCUCCACGAGAGGCAGCCGCGGAUCGCCGCGCUCAGCGACAAACAAACUUUGGGAACCAUCACUGCAGUGCCUGUCACGGGUCCUCAGGUCAGCUCCUUGCAGAGGUUGGCUGGGCAAGGAGCGGCAGUGCUACCUCAGGUUAGGCCAAAGACUCUGAUUCCAGACAGCCUCCCUGUCACCCCCGGCCGGGACCGGCCCCCCAAGCAGCCCCCGACCUUCCAGAAGGCCACCGUGGUCAGUAUCAAGAACCCCAGCCCGGCCCUCCCCACCGCCAACAACACCGUGAGCCAUGUGCCAACGCCCGGCAGCCAGCCCCAGGCCCUCGCCGAGCCCGCCGCCAUCACCUCGCCUCUGAGCAGUGCCGGGGUGGCCUAUGCCAUCAUCUCCACCGCCCCCAGCCAUGCCGCCGCCAUCGCCCCCAGCACCGCCGUGUCGGCGGUCAGCGACAGCAUCAAAGUCCAGCCCCUCCUCAUCAGUGCCGACAACCAGGUCAUCAUCCUUCAGCCUCAAGUGCAGACGCAGCCUGAGAGCACGGCGGAGUCGCGGCCGCCCACGGAGGAGCCAUCUCAGGGAGCUCAGGCCACCAAAAAGAAGACGGAAGACCGGCCCCCGAGCCAGGAGAACCCCGAGAAAAUUGCCUUCAUGGUAGCGCUGGGCCUGGUUACGACGGAGCACUUGGAAGAAAUCCAGAGCAAGCGCCAAGAGCGGAAGAGAAGAAGCACAGCCAACCCGGCCUACAGCGGCCUCCUGGAGACAGAGAGGAAGCGGCUGGCGUCCAACUUUCUCAACACUCCCCUGUUCCUCACAGCAAGAGCCAAUGAGGACCCCUGCUGGAAGUUCCCACAGGCCCGUAAUGGUCACGCUACUGAAAAACAAGAGAGCGAGAUCGCCCACGAUGAGCACUGUGCCACCUGCAGGCGGGGGGCCAACCUGCAGCCCUGCGGCACCUGCCCGGGGGCCUACCACCUCAGCUGCCUGGACCCGCCCCUCAAGACAGCGCCCAAGGGCGUGUGGGUGUGCCCCAAGUGCCAGCAGAAGGCCUUAAAGAAAGAUGAAGGUGUGCCCUGGACCGGAAUGCUGGCCAUCGUGCACUCCUACGUCACCCACAAGACAGCCCAGCCCCGACUUCCCCGCCUUUGCCGGCGGGGCCCGGCCUUCUCUUCCCCAGUCAAAGAAGAGGAGAAGCAGAAGCUGCUGCAAAGGGGCAGUGAGCUGCAGAGCGAGCACCAGCAGCUGGAGGAACGGGACCGGCGCCUGGCGUCAGCGGUGAAGAAAUGCCUGGAGCUUAAGACGAGCCUGCUGGCCCAGCAGAGGGGCACCCAGUCGUCCUUGGACCGCCUGCGGGCCCUCCUGAGACUGAUGCAGGGCGAGCAGAUGCUCCAGGUCACCGUGGCGACCGGCAGCCCCGCCCCUCUGCUGGCCGGGCCCUGGACCAAGCCCUCGGCCGCAGCCAUGCACUCCGCCCUCCAGCAGCCCCAGGGGCACAACUGAGCCCAGGGACCUGUCUUCGCCCCUGUGGAGAGUCUCCGGGACCCUCUGCUCACGAGACCUGAGGGUUCUACCAGCCUUAAUUCACAAACACGAUGAGUUUCAGACAAAAAUAAAACCAGACGGAGGCAGGAGAGGAGGGAGGAGGAGCUGGGCGAGAGUCCUCGAGCCAGGCGGAGACGGGCCGCCCAGAAGCCAGGCGGGGGAGCACCCAGUCAGCUCCCGGCCAUCAGGGGGUGGCCCAGGGCUCCGGCUUCCAGGCACAGCUGUCUCCUGGGCCUCGUGCCACACCUGUGGGACAGAGAAGGGCCGAGGCUGUGGAGGGGCCGGGAGGACCGCAGUCCAGGCCCCCACGCCAAGGGCCGAGGCGCCCUGCGGGAGGGGAGCCCAGGGCUGGGUAGCUGGGUAGUAGAGGUAGCUGGGGCGCGAGUGGGUAGCAGAUCUAGGUAGACCCUGCCGCCUCCCAGAAGGCCCGGCCCGCCGUCAGUGUUACUAGCAUUUGGAGUCGCAGCGGUUAAACUUGAAGGAUGCCCCCGAGGGAGGGGUGCUGCCACCGCAGCCAGCCCUCCGUCCUGGGGGCGCCCUCGCCACGCCCUGCUCCUCUGCCGACUUUGUGGACUCAUCUCGCUCUGAUGUCUUUUCCUUGCGGCAUCUCUGGGCGGGAUGGAUGGAGCAGCAGCCCUGUCAGGGAGGCGUGUGGCAGGUUUUCUAUUUGGGGUUGAGUUGUUGAGCAUAAGGGCAUAAGGACAGAAGCCUUUUUCUUGUCUCUUCUCGAAGAGCUGAUAGAGUGUUCCACUCCUCUUUUCGUGCCAGUUCAGACACUAUGCCAAAAAAAAUAACUUUACAUUUUUGUAUGGCGUUUUUAUUGUGAGACGUUUAAUGAGAAGGGGACACGUGCUGACUGCUUCUCCUGCUCGCAGCGGUCUCUGCUGCCAGAGAUGAAUGGAAAACCCCUUGGGGCGGGGGGGAAGCUGCCAAACUGGAGGGAUCCAGAGGGUUUUCUUAAGAAUCGGGGUGAGGGUGGGGGAGGAAGAGCGGGCGGCGGCCUCGGGAGCCUGGAGGGUCCCUCUUCCUGCGGCCUCCCCGGGAGCGGAGGCGGCCCACCGUCUACAAAGGGCUCCCGCGUCCAGGGUGGGGGCUGCUCGGACUCCUGGUGCGCACCAGCCUCUCCAGUCCCCGAGGGACUUGGCACAACAGGAUAAGCACCCGGGGGAGCCACUGGGCUCCCGCCCCCAGCACAUCACACGGUGCCGAACUGCAUCGAACACACGUGUGCACGCACACGUGGCCCCAGACGCGCGCGCGCGCACACACACACGCACACACGCUGCCAGGUGCAGAGCGAGGAGGCUGGCCGGAAUCCCAAGGCUGCCACGGUCCCUCCUGUCAUUUUCACGACUCCGGGAGAAACUGUGCUGUACGAUACAGAUCUAUUUUAAUACACUCGACACUGGGUUGAACAAGAUUUUUAUAUUCUUUUAUUGAUGAACAAGGCGAACUGUGAGACACACAUCUUAUAUAUUGGUUACUCUGGAUGCCAAUUAUGCAUUACCGCGUGGCUUGUGGUGUAAAUGUCUUCAGCUUCCAGUUUUUCUCUUGGUUUGUUUAUUCUUCUUGGAUGGAUUGGGUUACUUUUUUUUUUUUUUUUUAAUGUCAUGGGAGGAUCUGAAAGGUUGGACCCGGGAGGGGUAGCUGCCGCUGUGUCUUGAGACUUAGUUUUUUGGACCCGGGAGGACCGGCCAGUGGAUAGUGAGGAUAGAGAAGUUGUUUGUCUUUAAUAUGCCGAGGUGUAGUUUUCCUUCUGUACGAUGCAUUAAACUCGAUGGAUGAUUUCAAA